CGGAGCGCGGGCGCCUUCGUAGUCCCCGGGCAGCUGGCGAGUCCGAAGAAGGGGCCGAAGAUCGGGCGAGCGAGGGCAGCGGAGAGAAAAUCUACAAAGGGCAGGAUUUGACAAGCAGUGAAAGGAGUCAGGAGGUGCAACUUGUGGGUUUCCUUAAGAGCCUUCCUUCUUUGUAUCCCUCAUUCAAGCUCUGUGAUAUUAGCUUAAUGCACUAUGGAUACCUCACUGACUCUGGACUGAUGCCUUCGCCACCUGGGGAUCUGUGCCGCAUAUCUUUAAGAGUACAACCAUUGGACAAUGAAUGUGAGAUCAUGCACUAUGAGCCAUUGGACAACAAGUACUCCUCACAGCAGGCCUGGUGUGGUCAAUGGACAGCAGAUCCCAUCUCUCAGAGUUCAUGCAGGAACUCCUUGCUCUUCAUCCAGUGGCAGCACCCCAAGCCCAGCUAUGGGGAACCUAUCUACAAACUCCCAGUUAAAGACAUCUCUUGGAGGAGGCGUUGCUCCUCAGAGCAAUGUGACCCAGAGCAAUAUUCACCUCACUGCAUUAAGUCCCAGGAGACAAAUGGUUACAAAUGGGAAGGCCCUCUACCAUACGCCACAACCUCCAGGGCCGCCCGCGACACAGUUUUUGAAGCCAAAGCAGCAAAAGCAUGCAAACAGUUUAAUGACAAGCACAGUUAAAGGGGGUCCUGCCUUUGGGACUCGGUGCAAGUCAAUCGGAAAAAGUAGCUGCAACAAAUUAAUCGUCACCAGCAGUCCAAUGAUGGUUCAGCGACUGGGACUUCUAUCUCCUCCUGCCCAAAAGGUCUCAACAGCAUGCAACCAAAUCAGCCCUAGCUUACAGAGGGCUGUGAAUGCUACCAACUCGAAUAUACCUCCAUCUGAUACAAGAUCCCUUCUGUCCCGAGAAUCUUUGGCCUCCACAACCCUGAGUCUGUCUGAAAGUCCAUCAAUCCAGAGUGUCAAGCAAGAAUGGCUUCAUGGCUACAGGAUUUUUCCUUCUCUUCCUUCCAGCCAAGGCUCCCCAAAUGGCACGGACCUUGGGGACAUCACAAGUGUUACAUCUGGAAUGUCCAUGUCCAACAAUGUCUCUAGCUCAUUACCAUCUUACUUGUUUGGUGUGGAAAAUAAUUGUUCUCCUUAUCCUAGUCCUCACUAUUCUUCAACCAGGUCUCAUUCAGCCAAAAAGAGGGCCCUCUCCCUGUCUCCUUUGUCUGAUGGAAUCGGGAUUGACUUCAAUACAAUCAUCCGCACAUCCCCUACUUCUCUUGUUGCUUACAUCAAUGGCUCAAGGGCAUCUCCAGCAAACAUCUCCCCUCAGCCUGAGGUCUAUGGACACUUCUUGGGAAUAAGGGGAAGUUGUAUUCCUCAGACUUGCUCUAUUCCAAAUCCUCAAAAAAGACUUCUUGUUGCUAAUGGCAAUGUUGCCCUUCCAAGUUACGGUGAAAGUGAGAACACUGAAGACCAGCGCAUGCAACAGUUGGAACAAAACAGCCUGCAGCCAGCAGUCACUAACAACAUGGUGGUUCAACAAGGAAUAUCUCUGCUAGAUAGCCAAUCUGUGGGCAUUUUUAAAAGUAGGCGUGCCAAUGGUUUUUCUGGGAACACAGUGGACAUGCCACCUAUUUCUCCAGUGGCUCCCCUUGUUCUUCCUCCAUCACAUGGUCCACCUCCCCCAUACCAUGCACAUCAGCAUGACCUUAUAAACCAUCCCCACCAGAUUUCCUUAGCAGCAUCUGUGCAAGGCCCUCUCUUAGAUGAAGAAGGCGAACUGGAUGAGUUUAAUGGCAAGCACUGCUGUUGCUGGAUAGACUGCAGUGCUACUUAUGACCAGCAGGAAGAUCUUGUGCGGCACAUAGAAAAAAAUCACAUAGACCAGAGGAAAGGAGAGGAUUUCACUUGUUUUUGGGCUGGGUGCCCUCGGAGAUACAAGCCAUUUAAUGCGCGUUACAAACUACUGAUUCACAUGAGAGUGCAUUCAGGAGAAAAGCCAAACAAAUGUACGUUUGAAGGCUGCAAGAAGGCCUUUUCUAGACUAGAAAACCUCAAGAUUCACUUAAGGAGCCACACGGGAGAAAAGCCUUACCUUUGCCAGCAUCCAGGCUGUCAAAAAGCAUUCAGUAAUUCCAGCGACCGAGCCAAGCAUCAGAGGACUCACCUGGACACAAAACCUUACGCUUGCCAGAUUCCUGGAUGCACCAAACGAUACACAGAUCCGAGCUCUCUAAGGAAGCACGUGAAGGCCCAUUCCUCCAAAGAACAGCAGGCUCGGAAAAAGUUGCGUUCAAGUAUAGAGCUUGACCAGGACAUUCUCAAUGACUGUCUCACAAUCCAGCCUCUCCAACCUCCUGCAUCUCCCCAGGGCACUUCAGAAAGCACCGUCAGACAAUCUCCAGGACCUGUGCAUGACAUUUACACAGCGGCCCUGUUCUCCAACACCCACGCCAGUCAAAAUGGAGCUGCUACGGGCUCCCUGCCCCCAUCACACUCGGUGAGCCACGCUUCUUCAGGGCACAAUGUGCAUGGCACCCCCCACAACCCACCAACCCAGGUGCCCCCUCUCACAACAGGGGACUCAGAAACAGAGAGAUUUUCAGCUUCUGCUUCUUUUUCUCCGCAUCAUAUAAGCCCCAGGAGAAUUUCUGCUCCUCCUCCUUUGAUACAGAAAAGGACACCGCAGCCUUCCAGCAUCCACCAACUUGGAGGAACCCAUUUGAAGGCGUAUGAGCCGUCAGCAAACCUGUCGUUUCAGCCAAACGGCAUCCAAAUCCAAGGUGUUUAUGGGCAGCUGCAAACAUUCUGUUCCCCACAUUAUGCUGACAAUCAGAGAAAUUUGCAACAUGGCGGAACUUGUAAUAUGGUCCCACCUUUUGAAGACUGUCUUGUACCCACAUCUAUGGGUCAGGCAGGUUUUGAUGUCUUCCACAGAGCAUUUUCAGCGCAUUCUGGCAUUACAGUUUAUGAUCUUCCAUCAGGCUCUACAGAGAUAUUUGGUGAUUCAUUGCGCAAUGGAAUUGAGGACUCCAGUUUCCUUCAAAUAAAUGCUGUAGAUCGUUGCCCGAGUCAACUUUCUUCAGUUUACACCGAAGGCUGAGGAGGGGAAAAAGCUACACUCCUGCAUCUAAUCCCUAUCGGAACCACUCUAUCACGGACCAUCUUUUUGUGGUCAGUUCAAGUGCUGAGUGUAUUACCCAAGAAACGAAGGAAACACUACCAGAUAGCAUUGACCAUCACAGAUGCAGCUAAUAAAUAUAAGAGGGAAGAUUCUGGUUGAAACUUACCUGCUGAAGUGUGAGCAACUGCUUUUUUAAUUCAGUCUUUUUGUGUGUGUGGUAAAACCUCUUUUCAAAGGGAACGAAUAAGAAAACCACCGCUUCUUAUAUUUCUAGAUGAAUUGUUGAAAUUUUCACCACAGUUUUUGGAAACCCUCUGAAAGGACUCUGUAGAAACUUGCAACAACUUUUUUGGAAAAAGCAAAAGUGCCUUGCAUAAUGAGCUUGUUUGGUGCUUUGCAGGCCCAGCACACAGCCUUGCAGGGCUGAAGACAAGGAGCGGUCUUUGAGGCACCAAUUGGAGGUGGAGACAGCACCAUUCCACUGUCUUUUUGGAAUUUGGGAACAUCAGUCCUCUUUAAAAACACAGUAUUAACUGUAUUAGCUGAAAGAGAGACAGUUGUUUGUGGUGUCUUAGCAGUCCUUCAUUGGAGAGAGUUAAUCUCACUUGAUAUUGAAUAAUGCUUUAUAAUUUAAUUUUUAUAUUCCAUGUGUAGAAUUCUGUAUGGAAGGUUCUUUUCAAAAAAGCACACAUAUUUAGAUUAGAUGUUCCCCAUGAAGAACAGAAGUUCCCUGGGAAUGUUUGCAAAUAUUUGAAGGUGUUUCCAGCAAGAUUCAUUGGGUCUUGAAGUCAACAUAAAGAAGGUGUAUUCACUACUGUUGCCAGAGAAGUAAGGGUUUCAACACUACCUUGCUGGGUCCCACAAGUGUUGGGUUCAGACUUCACAUGCUGUAGUAGAUCUCCCAGUAUCCCUUCUUUAAUCUGAUGGCUGGGGGUAAUUUCAGAUGGUGCUGUUAUUCUGGGGGAAGAGUGCUAAGCUUUCUCCAAUGGAAGCCCACCCCUCCCAAACCUUGUGUUUUGCUUUUUUGCUAUGGGGGGCAGACAGGUACAAUGAAGAAGCCUUUCUUUUCACCCCCUUCCAGCUAACAGCAGCCUCAGGGAAAGAAGGGUUUCCAUAGAAGAAACAAAAAAUUGGGAGAGGGCUUGUACUUCUCCCUCCCAGCAUGGUAGCCUUGAUCCAAGUUGCCCCUCCAUUUGGUCACAGGUUUAUUGUGUCCCAUGUCAUUCAACCCAGCGUAUUCUGCAAGCGAGCACCUUCCUGGCAUUGUCCCUCAUAUAUUCUAGAAGAUUCCAUGGAAAGGGCUAUUAUAAUUCCAUCUGCUGUAAAUAUGGUAUGUUAGUAUUUCAAUCAUUUUUAAAUCUAUGCAUUCCUUUCCUCUUCUUUCUACUUACUUUUCCUUACAAAAAUAAAAACGACAUGCCAUGUUUUUAAUGCAUCCCAAAAUAAUUCAUGUAGCUGGUAAUUCUUUGUUGUAUAGUUAUGAGCCUGUGUGGGCAGUAGAAAAUGAAUUUUCAUGGUCAAGAUGUGGCCUUUGUCAUGGUUACAUUAUUAUAUAAUUAAAAUGGCAGACUUCUUUAUGCAAUGUGUAUUGUGGGCCAUUCGUAUUGGGGCCAAAGCAUUUCAGCAAUUUCUAAAUGUGUGUUUUUCUUGUUAAUAGUGUGUUACCGCAGAGGAACAAAAUGUGACUAUGCCAAGAGCCAAAGGAAUUGAUGCACUUAAUUUUUAGCGAGGAUAAAGAGAAGAGUUUUUGAAAUGGUGAAACAGGCUUCCAAAAGCUAAAUCAUUAUUUUGAAAAAUUAAUCAUUUUUAAACCAGUCAUAAUUGUACAAUUAUGGGUAUACUGAAGCCACAUGCUAAAGCUAUUCCCUGUGGUUAUGAAAGCCAAGCCCUGGCUCCCCAUUCCCAUAAGGGGGAUCUCUGUUUGACUCCCCCUUGCCAAAUCAGAUCCUGAAAGCACCUUAACCGGCUAUGGGAGAUAAAAAUAUCCUACACUCAGAGCCUGGGGUCCUUUCAGUCUUGUUUUGAUGUGGAAUUCUCUCUGCCCUGCAAAAACUAAGUGAACUUGACACAGCAGAAGACAGAGGGAUGUGGCCAGGCGCUUGGGUUUGUCCUGUUGAUGUGUUGAGCACAUCACACAGUGUGCAAACAUCGCUGUGUGAUAUUGAGGGGCCCCAGCCCCCUCCUUGAAACUUUGGGGGUGCCAAGGUCCCUCAGCCCCGCCCCCAAGCUGGUGCCCCUGGAUGCAGCUGAAAAAGUCUAGAAGUGAUGUAACAUACAGUGGGAGAAAAAUCAGUGGGCGGUGCUUAGAAACUUCAGUCGAGAUGAACCCUCGUGGUUUAUGGCAAAUCCAAUCUAUGCUGGAUCAGGUCUAUACAUGCCGCCCAUGAAAAAUGGUCAGCUUUGACAGGACCAGUCACUUCCUAUUCAAUGGAUGGAGAACAGAUUCCUGAAUCCCCCGUUCUAUAGUCAGUUUUGCCAGACAAAUCAACACAGUGACUAGAGACAGAAGCAGGUCCCUGGAUGCAGGUGGGGACCUUUGAAUCUGGGCUUAACAUCUGGAAAAAGAAGGGAAGAUUCCAACCAUUCUGUGAAGACUUAGUUUUAGUCUUUGGAAAAGUCUGUGACAAUCCUCAAAUGAUUGCACUUGACAGCUUAAAUAUUAGUCAAGACUCAAUCAUUGUACCCUGGAGUUUGGGGGUCCAAGAAAGACCAGGUAUCUGGAGCCAAAUUACAUCUGUUACCUCUACAAGCAUAGGCUCAUUUUAACUGAAAAUGCUAUAGUGUCCUAAGGGCAGGAUUUGGGGCAGAGAUCCAGGACUGCUCUCUGCAGAAUGAGCAGGAGGUUCCUGACCACAUUUUGAAGAGCAGGAGCUUAAUGCAUCCUCUCUCACAUGUUGUUUAGUCAUUUAGUCGUGUCCGACUCUUCGUGACCCCAUCGACCAGAGCAUGCCAGGCACUCCUGUCUUCCACUGCCUCCUGCAGUUUGGUCAAACUCAUGUUGGUAGCUUCAAGAACACUAUCCAACUAUCUCGUCCUCUGCCGUCCCCUUCUCCUUGUGCCCUCCAUCUUUCCCAACAUCAGGGUCUUUUCCAGGGAGUCUUCUCUUCUCAUGAGGUGGCCAAAGUAUUGGAGCCUCAGCUUCAGGAUCUGUCCUUCCAGUGAGCACUCAGGGCUGAUUUCCUUAAGAAUGGAUAGGUUUGAUCUUCUUGCAGUCCAUGGGACUCUCAAGAGUCUCCUCCAGCACCAUAAUUCAAAACCAUCAAUUCUUCGGCGAUCAGCCUUCUUUAUGGUCCAGCUCUCUCACAUAAUGGAUCUUUAUUUGAGAUGUGUCUUGUGUGCUUCUGUAUGGGCUGCCAAGAUCUUAUGGGGUCAUUUUGUUUCUUACACUACAGUCCUUUACAUAUCUACUCAGAAGUAAGUCCCAUUGACUUGACGGUCUAUACAGGACAGGUCUCAUGCCCUGCUCCUCCUCGGGAGAUGUCACAGUGGCUUAUAUUUUGUCCCCAUAUGGUGGUGUCCAAGUGAUCCUCAAGUCCAGGCUUGCCUUGCUCCAGGGGAGAACCAGGUCUGCUAUUCUGCAGUCUGCGGUUUCACAUUGACUGCUCUGUUAGAAGCACCCACUCCGACUUGCAUCCCAGAAUGAGCAGAUUCCACAACUCAUCUUGUCGUACUCCAACUGGUUUGUUGAAAAGAGGGCUGCACUUUACUGAACUCUUGGAUAUUUUAUUUCACUAGGGGACUGUUGUGUUACAAAAAUGGUGCUUCGGGUUUUUUUGCUAGCCGGAUAAUAAUGCCUGUUUAAAGGGAUUCAGUAUAAACUAUUUUUAUGUCAAGAUUUAGAAAGGAGAAGACAUUAUACAGAUGCACACUAGCUUGCAUCUUCCACUCUUCUCGGAGUAGGUCUAUGGCAACACUGCAAAGUUGUGUUGCAUAAGCAACCAAUUCCCACUGCACUUUUAAUAGCCCCUUGGCUUCUCUGUGCAAGAGAGCGAAAACGCCCACACAUGUAGAAGAGAAUCUUGUUUCUCCACAGCCAUUAGUAGGUAUAUCAUUGCAGGACAAGAAAAGCACUACAGGUUUGUGCUGUUUUAACUCCUUCGUUGCCACCCUCUAGACUCUUAUGUGAGAGUAAAAGCUCAUUGGAGGCUUAAUAAUAAACAAAUUUUCUCUCAGGCUGGCUCUGCUAAAUCAAGAGAUGGGGCUGCCCAUCUUUGUCAACUUCUGAUAAAGUCUUUAUAUCCAUCUUCAGAAGAAAUGUACACUGGAGUUCACAUGCACCUUCAAAAAAGGAAUUUUCUAUCAGAAGUCAAUUGUUCCGGUUUACUUGUGUCACUUGCGGAAGCGUUUUGUGUUAGUACUGUUGUUCUCAUUCCAUUAUUAUAAUAUAUUUUUUAAGAAAGGUAAUUAAUUGUGUUUUGACUGUACCAUUUUAUAGCAGCAUUUUAAAAAAGGAAUGCAAAAAGAACCUGAGCACUUUUUAUGUGAGAUUUUUUUUAAAGGAACAGAAAUCAAAGAGAUGGGUUAGUUAACAGGGUGUUGUGUUGAUUUUAUAGGCAAAGUGGAGCAUCUUGUUGUGUAGUGUUGCUCAUGCAAAGCACUUUCAUUGGAGAAGAUGGUACAGUAUGUGGAAACGUGUUUUCUAUCUCACAUUUUCUUGUACAUAUUUAUAUAUGUUCCUCCUUUAUAUAGAGUUGAAUCCUUUAUACCAUAUUGUAUAUCUGUCUGAUUUUUAUUAUCGUUGGCAUAUAUCUGUUGCAUAUUGCAUUGCCUAAAAAAAGAAAUAGAGUAUCUUUUUUCUAUUAAUAUGUAUAGUUAUGUGAUUGGUUAAAGUUACAUUUCAUAUAAUCAUAAGUUAUUUUUGUUUCAUGAAGUCCUUUUUUAGUAUAAAAAGUGAAAUGAAGGGUUUGUGCACAUGAUAAAAUAAAUAAAUAAAGUGAACCUGGAAAUCUAUAACACAUCAA